AUGUCUGCGGUAGACUCGCCCAUUACGCCUACCGAUUCUCGGUCUGGGACUACUCAGCCCGAGUCGACCGUGCCCUCGUCUCCGAUGACCGAGCCUACCGAUCAAGGCCAGAAAGAAUACUCGGAGAAGGAACUAGAUACGAACAAUCGUGAAUAUGGAGAAAAAGACACAGACGCACCGAAUGGCGACUCGGCAGGGGCGACAGAAGCGGCGGAAGAUACAGAAGGCAUGGAUGUCAAGGCAAAGGCCUUGAUGCAUCUCCUUAAGACGAGCUCGGUCUUCGUUGCUAUCAUGUCAGAGAAGAUGAAGAAACAACAGGAAGAAGCUAGACAACGGGCCGCCCACCAGAAACGAGAUACCACCGAGCCAAAGGCGAACCCCAAGUCCGCAGCUAGCGCUCGACGCGAGACCCGCAAUAAAGUCAAGGACGAACCCGCGGCUGAGGAAACAUUGAACGAACCAGCCGCAGGGAGGAGAAGGGGCCGUCCUCGCAAGAGCGGCGCCAACGGGAGCACAAUCUCCAGCUACUUUCAGAAAGCCGAUGUCAAGGUCGACGAGGACAAUCCCACCGUUCAAGAGGCCCUUGAACAGGCUGCGGAAGAUUAUGAGGCCAAUCCGACUGCUCUUGGUGGGCAGGAGCUGGUCGCCACUCAGCAGCCAUCUCUGGUAACCGGCGGCAGGAUGCGCACCUACCAACUGGAGGGUCUGGAGUGGAUGAAGACGCUGUGGAUGAAUGGACUUUGCGGUAUUCUUGCAGACGAGAUGGGUCUAGGAAAGACCGUGCAGGCUAUCUCAAUGCUUGCUUUCCUGAAAGAGAACAAUGUCUCGGGUCCUUACCUUAUUGCAGCGCCGCUUAGUACCUUGAGCAACUGGAUCGAUGAGUUCAAGAGAUGGACUCCCGACAUCGAGACUGUUCUAUAUCACGGUACUAAGGAGGAGCGUGCGGCCAUUAGGAAUAAGUGUAUGAAAACACGUGAUCAGGGAAAGAUGAAUUUUCCUAUCAUUUGUACAUCUUACGACAUUUGUAUCAACGAUUCAAAGUUCCUUGGACAAUACCAGUGGAGGUAUAUUGUUGUGGACGAGGGUCAUCGCCUCAAGAACAUGAAUUGCAAGCUCAUAAAAGAGUUAAUGACAUACAAUUCGGCCAACCGGUUACUUAUCACGGGUACGCCAUUGCAAAACAACAUCUCUGAGCUAUGGUCGCUGUUGCAUUUCCUGCUUCCGGAGGUUUUCAAUGAUUUGAAGAGUUUCGAGGGCUGGUUCGACUUUUCGUCUGUUUUGGAUGAUUCAGGCAAAGCCGAAGUUAUUGAACGACGGAAGCGCAACUUGGUGACCACCAUGCAUUCUAUUCUCAAGCCGUUCCUUCUGCGGCGUGUCAAGACCGACGUGGAGCACUCUCUUCCCAAGAAGCGCGAGUACAUUCUAUAUGCUCCGCUUACUCCCGAACAGAAAGAGCUUUACAGAGAAAUCCUGAGUGGCACUGGACGUCAAUAUCUUGAAGGAAAAGCCUUGGAGCGUCUGACAGCUAAAAGUUAUACUACUACUCGCUCUCGUAGCUUGAAGCGUCGUCGCAGCAGCGAUGAGCCAGAGACGCCCAACAAGAGCCAGCGCACAGCCCGAGACAGCAUGCCCGCCAGUGGCACGGCUUCAGCCCGGCGACGCCGAGGUCCUCAGAGCUACAAGGAUAUCAGCGAUCGAGAAUUCAAUUCCAAGUUGCGCAAGCUUGAACAAGGAGUCGAAGAGGAUGAAGAAGAGAUAGACGAACCUAUUGACACUGAACUAGAGGAGAUUGAACGGGCAAACAAUCUCAAACUUGCUAAGAAGGAGAUCAGUCAAAAGAAAAUGAUGAAUCCCAUCAUGCAAGCCCGUCUGGCCUGCAACUCUCCCCACAACUUUUACUGGCCAUGGAUGGACGAGAACUCCACAGUGGACGAAACUCUCGUGUCUGCAUCUGGCAAGAUGCUUCUCCUUGACCGUCUAGUGCCCUAUCUCUUCAAAAAGGGGCAUAAGAUCCUCAUCUUCUCCCAAUUUAAGACGCAGCUCGACAUUCUCCAGGAUUGGGCUACACAACUGCGAAACUGGCCUUGCUGCAGAAUCGAUGGUGCAAUUGCCCAGGCCGACCGCCAGGCGCAAAUCAAGGCCUUCAACACGGACAAGACUCACAAGAUCUUCCUGCUCAGUACUCGUGCCGGUGGACAGGGCAUUAACCUCGUCGCUGCGGAUACCGUCAUUCUCUUCGACUCCGACUGGAACCCUCAGCAAGAUCUCCAAGCCCAGGACCGAGCACACCGCAUCGGACAAACCAAGCCUGUGAUCAUCUACAGACUCGCAACGAAGGGCACCGUCGAGCAAACCCUUCUCGAGAAAGCAGAUUCCAAACGUCGCCUUGAGCGUCUGGUCAUUCAGAAGGGCAAGUUCCGGUCUCUCCUUGACACGGGCAGUGCCCAUGACGUGGAGGAGCUGAGGAAGGUACUCGGUGAAGAUGAAUUCGAGCGCUUCGAAACUGGCGCCGAUCCUGCGUCCAUUCUUUCAGAUGAAGAUCUCAAGAUCCUCACGGAUCGUAGUGAGGAGGCCUAUGCCCGUGCUGAAAAGGGUCUCGAAAAGAGUGGGCCGGCAUUUGUUUCUGUCGAGACUAAGCGUGAUGCUGGCGAGUCUUUGAUGUCUUAA